AUGGAUACCACGCAACGCAUCGUAUCUGCCCUCGUUAUUGGAGGUUGUGGUUCACUUGGCCACCGCGUCGUCGAGCGGCUACUCAAGCUUGAGCCGCCCCCUCAAGUCUCCGUCUUCGAUCUGAAUACCACUCAGAAUCGUCUACCCUCCGUAGAAUACUACGACGUGGAUAUCUCGGACAGGUACCAAGUCUAUUCUGCGUUGAGCAAAGUCCGGCCACAGGUCAUUUUCCACACAGCGUCCCCUCCACCUGGCCUUCUGGACCUUCCUCUAUAUAUGAAGGAGCUUGGCACGAAAGCAUUUGUGUAUACAUCAAGUGCCUCCGUUGUUCAUGAUUCCGUCAGCGAUUUAAUCGAAGGAGAUGACUCCCUACCUCUAGUAUAUCUGCCGGUGCAGCAAGAAAUAUACUCGCACUCCAAGGCGGUGGCCGACCAACUUGUGCUUGAUUCCAAUAGCACCACUGAAGGCGGGAUGCUGACCACCUCAAUUCGCCCCUCAGGAAUAUUCGGAGAGAAUGAUGCCACUGCCAAGGGAUUCGUGGACACUGCCGCGGCUGGAAAGCUCAAAUUCCAAAUCGGCAAUGGCAACAACUUAUUCGACUGGACAUACAAUGAAAACCUCGUGGAUGCACAUAUCCUAGCAGCCCAAGCCUUGCUGAAGAGUCAUAUUGAGCCUCCAUCCGCCGACAUGCGUGUUGCUGGCGAGGGUUUCCUCAUAAGUAACGAUGAGCAUAUGCCUUUCUGGGAGUUCGCACGUGCGAUUGGUGAUGCCGCGGGACACCCGACGAGAAAAGAAGACGUGCGUGUCAUACCAAAGAUUGUCGGGCUCGCAAUGGCAACGAUUGCCGAGUGGGUGGUUUGGAUUACCUCGUUCGGGCGGAAGAAAUCUAGAAUGAACAGAAUCGGCAUCAGAUAUAGUUGCAUGACCAGGACAUAUCGGAUUGACAAGGCAAAGAGAAGAUUAGGAUACAAACCGCGAGUCAGCUUGCGAGAGGCCAUUCAGCGGGCGGGAAAGUCUUUCAGCAAUGAGUUGAAGAAAACGAAGUAA